CCGAACCACCACCCAAGACUGAGCGACACAGCCUGUGACGCGUGAUGAUUUCAAGUUUUAGGUCACGCUGGAGUGCUCUUCAGCCCCGGCAACUAGAGUGGUCGCUACCCAGGGCAAUGGUUCAAGAAUCCUUGCCUCCGCAACGCUACCCUAGUUCCCGUCGCUCUAACUUUAUUCUUUCUGGCUGUUAGGCAUCAUAGAGUAGAUGGUGCUAGAGCAUGGAUCAUGCGCGGCGAGACUGGGAACACACACAUGCACGAACGGGGAGCGCAACAAGUGAAACGACACUCCAUAAUGCACAUCCAUUUCAUAAAGCGAUUGCGGCAGGGGAUCAUGGAGUUUCAGCGCCUAUUGAGAGCAGUGGCCCGAAUGCGCGGGUAAGCGUAGUGGGUCAGAUGAAAGGGAUUCUCAUCUGCCAAGGGUUCAAUAUGAGCACAAAGUCCAUCAUCGGGCUCAUCGUGAUUGUGGUCGUUAUUGCGGGCGCUACCAUUGGAGGCGUAUUGGGUUCAAGAGCUGGCGGGAAUGCUGGAAAUGACAAAACGACGUCCACGAACAGCAACAAUGGCGAUACACCAAUCAUUCCCUUCGUCAAUGACACAAGCACUCAUGGAAACGAGACCGGGACGUUCGACAUAUCAAAGACGCCCGGCUACGACUUCUUCAAUCCGAAACCCAUGGUCGCGCAGUACGUCCGCUUUGCGAAAUCCUUCGCAGAAGCACCAACCAUUGCGAUCGGAAUGGUUCAGAUCAACAUCAGGCCAGGAUCUGACACAGUGGGUCUCACCACCUACGCAGACCAAGCUUCCGGGGAGGGGUACAUGAUGCAUGUGGACGCCGUAGGAGGCUCACAAGUGCACACCGCCAGACUCCAGUGGCUCGCCGUUCCACCUGAGAUAACUGUAAAUACGACGCAGUAUCAGGCCGGCCAUGCAAGCACACUGCAGAGUCGUCUGCGAGGGUCCAGCCAUGACAACACGACUCUGCACGUCACGUUUCCUUACAAGUUUGACGUCGCUCCGAGCGUCGUCGUAUGGAUCGACGGCGUUGAAAUGGCGAGCCGGACGGGUUCCGGCGACUGGCGACUCCGCACGUAUUCGUCCGACGUAGAUCUCAGCGGUUUCACCAUGCACAUCGAUACCUGGAACAACACUGAGCUGUACGUCGGCAAUGCCUCGUGGAUCGCGUAUUCCGGAGCAUCCACGAACGUGAUGUCUUCUUCCUUACGCACUUCAAACGUCCAACCACUCGAUUCUACUAACUACACCUGGGGCGAAGUAGUGCAUGCGGACUGGCCGGAUUUGGUGAAGACUGGCAAAGCUCCUGUAGUGCUCGCGGCGUUCGGAAUGUUCGACAUUGAUAAUAAUAGCCUCUUGCGCUUUUCGGCGCUAGAUGCGAAUGUCACCGCGGAUGGUAUUGAUAUGGAGAUUGCUGGCGCCGAGCAGACGAGAUUUAGGGAUGGCGAGGUUCCGUAUAUAGCGAUAUUCUAAUGUAGCCGAG